AUGCCACAGGAGCUGGAGUGCAUUCUCAUUGCACCUGAGGAAGUUUCGGUCCAGGAAGAAGUUUCUGGCCAGGAGGAAUGGCUGGCUGUUGCGGUAGAGGGUGACCUCGUCAUGAAAGCGGUGACGAGAAGCGUCUCGCUGAAUGAUCCCUUCACGUUGCGACUCAUCGAGUCGCCAGUGCGCGGGCGUGACUGUGACCAUGUUCAGGCCUUCGAUCGAAGUGCUUUCUUGGAUUUCAACGAGCUGAUGGAGCGAAAUCGCUGGUGCAAAUUGACCAAGAAAUGGAAGUGUCCCUUUUGUGGCAAACACAUCCGCAGUGCCAACGACUUGGUUCAGGCCACAGAUCUCCAAGAGAUGCUGGAUGAAGUUAAGCUGACCCAGUCGGAUGUGAACUAUGCAGUGCUCCAUCCUGACGGGCAGUUGUCGCUGCCUUCCAGCAGCCAGCCCAAUGUUUCGGAGCCGGUGGCAGCGGUGGAUACCUCUAGUGACGAAGAACCAAGCCAGCCACAAGUUUGCAACAGCUAUGCUGGCACCGAAACGCCUCCCAAAGAGAGGCGCGAGGAUGCUGCGGUUUCAGUGGCAGCCAGAAGAAGGUCGCCCAAAAAGACGGCCAGCAAAAAGGUGACAUCAAAGAAGGAAAAGAAGGCUGCUCUGGCUGCUGCAAAAGCAGCUUGGGUUGAGCGGCAGCAAGGCAGUAUCCUCUCUUACUGUCAGAAGCAGCAGAGUUGA